UGAACCAACAGUCUCUCCACAGCGCUGGGCUUCAGGAUGUUGUUUUUUCGCUGAUAACAGAAAUGUUCUUUAUUUAGGCUACCUGGCCUCUUCAGAGAAGGUCGACAUUUGCAUAUUAAUUCAUUUCAAGAUGAGAUGUUAAUACAACAACCCGUGGUGGAUUGUUAGGCAGCAUCCGAUUAUUGAAUAGCAUUUGUUGGCUGCAGCUGUAUGCGACGGGAGACAACGUGCCAGAGGUGACUGCAUCUCAUCGCAGCAUUUAUUGAUAGACCAAGGGGGAUUAAUGACAACCAUUUCAGAUAGUAUUUAAUUGUGCUCGUCUACAAUACAUACAAGUUAUCUACCUCGAGAAAGGCGUGCUUGCAGAACGCAUUAGCAGAAGAUGGAACAAUGACUUUUUUCAUGUAGAUCUCAGAAAGCUAUAGCCCAUGUGUAUGCCUAGCUUAAAGCAGGUCCCUCUUAUUGGACUUCUCAUUCACUAGUGCGUAAAAUGGGCAACAGUUUUUCUAACAUAGCUGCUUUUCAGUCCCUGCAUAUUGUAAUGCUGGGUUUAGAUUCUGCCGGUAAAACGACUGUCCUGUACCGCCUGAAAUUCAACGAAUUUGUGAACACUGUUCCCACAAUCGGAUUUAACACAGAGAGGAUAAAACUGAGUAACGGUACCGCCAAAGGGAUUAGUUGUCAUUUUUGGGACGUCGGGGGACAGGAGAAGCUGAGACCGUUAUGGAAAUCCUACAGUCGGUGCACGGAUGGCAUUAUUUACGUAGUGGACUCAGUGGACGUGGACAGACUAGAGGAAGCCAAAACAGAACUGCAUAAAGUUACCAAAUUCGCAGAAAACCAGGGGACUCCAUUACUGGUGAUAGCCAACAAGCAGGACUUGCCCAAGUCUCUACCUGUCCAUGAGAUUGAGAAGCAACUGGCACUGCAUGAGCUCAGCCCUUCUACCACUUACCAUGUCCAGCCUGCAUGUGCCAUCAUAGGUGAAGGGCUCCAUGAAGGCAUGGAUAAACUGUAUGAAAUGAUUGUGAAACGAAGGAAAUCAUUGAAACAAAAGAAAAAGAGAUAGCGGUCAACUUCACAGUAAUGAGUUAUCUUCUGAGCUGCCUGCUACUGUACCGUGACUUUUGCUAUAGUAGGCAUGUCAGGUGAUUCUUGUUAUGAUACUGUAUAGCUUUGGGUUUAUUGGUGAAGCUAGUCACUUUUAGCUGUGCUGUUACAUUCAAUUACACAGAGGGAGGAAAAUAAAAACUUGCCUCUUGCUAUCA